AUGUGCUCCCUUCAUUCUGUGUCUCACCCCGAAGAUCCGGAACCGAAAGACAACGGGCAAAGUGCGAUACCCGUCGAAUUUGACUCAUCUGGCUCAAACUUUGCGGCGAAAAAGCGGCGACAGAACAUGAGGGCCGCGCGGGAUUAUCGACGUCGCAUCCAAAGAAUUGCAGAACUCGAAAGCUACAUCAGCUCUUCUGCGGACGAGAUCAACAAGUUGGAGCUGCUAGUUGGUUGCCUACGGGAUCAGUUGCUCAGUAUCACUCCUAUUGUUGAUUUUGUCCGCAGGAGGCAAUUUGAGAAUGCCUAUGCCGGCCUUGUCAACUUGCCACAGGUAAUUUAG